UUUGUUUUUAUGCAUUAGGUUGACAUAUGUAAUCUUAUGAAUGAAUUAAAUAUGUUAAUGAUAAAUACAUUUAUAUUGUAUAUAUAAAUGAAUAGAACAAUAUACAUGAUUUUAUAUAAUGUUUGAUACGUCCAAUAAUGAAAUGUUUGUUACUGGUGAAUUGAGCAUAAGAUCCGUGACAGUCUCUGCCUCCCACCGUCUGUCACUAAAGAGAAUGCAUAGCAUUGUUGAUAGUUCAACCAUAAAACGUAUUACUGUAUUCAAUGUUUUAUUUGAAAAAAUAAAAAAAAAACUUUAACAGUGAUAGAUGAUUUAAUGAUAUCAAACAUUUAUAUAAAUGUUGUAUCUUAACAUUUGAUGUUAUACUUUAUAUAAUAAUUAUUGGUAAUAACAUUAGAUAUAUAAUUUUAUUCUAAAGAAAAGAAAUAAAUAAAAAUGAGUUCACCAGUGUCAAUAAGUAAUUCUGCUUCAUUGACUGGUACUAAUGGAAUGGAAACAAUAGUAGCAGUUGCACUUGGUGCGCUUGCUGCAGUUUUUCUUGGUGCACUCUUGGUACUCCUUGUUAUUUGUCGCAGACAACGUUGUUAUUAUAAUCAAAAAGAUUCACUGGAUCUCAGUUCAGAUUUGUUGGAAAGUGAGAAUAAUCCUGAAUUAGGUUUGGGUACUUGGGAAAGCGAGGAAUGGCUUGCUGGUGCUGAAAGGUGGGUUGAUGAUGCUACUGGUUUAGCACCACCUUGUAUCGCAAUACUUCGUUCUUGUCAUGCUUUGGCAGCAAGUCUUACUGCUAUUGCAGGAACAGUAAAUAGCAAUACAGUACCAUUGGAAAUAGUAGAUGUUGCUAGACGUAUUCCACCCCGUGUAGAUGAUGUAGUGAGAAGUUUAUAUCCACCAUUGGAUGCAAGAUUAUUGGAAGCUAGAGUUGCUGCAUUGGUAUUAGCUGUUACUCAUUUAGCAUUAGUAACUAAACACGGUGUUCCCAAAAGUCAAGCUAGAAAAUUAACUUUCAUUGAUCAGGCAUUGAACGACAUGGAUUCGCAUUUGUUGAUAUUAAGAAAUGCUGCAUUAGCGCAAGAGGCUGUAUGUUCUAUUCCGGCCUCUACACCAGUCUAAAUUAUUUCCUACUAUUGAAAAACUACAAAUUAGCAGUAUUUUUAUAAAGGCAUUCUUACUCUUUUAGUAUUGCCUUUAUUGUAUAUUUUAUAAAGAUAUUAAGAUAUUUUAGAGAUUUUCUAUACAAAUGUUUUAGAAAAAUAAUCUAUUUUAUAGAUUAACUAUUACGUUUUUGAGAACAUUUAAUAAUUCGUUUAACAAUAUAAAACAAUGUGAAUGAAAAUAUUAAUUGAUGUGAGAGUAAUCUGGUACCUGAUGAUGAAAUCAGAUAAAGAAACUAGUUGUAACGUCAUCUAGAGAAUGAUCAUGAAAACUACAGAAAACUUCUUUACUAUCGAGAGUAUCUCCAUUUAAAAUUUAAGAUAUAAUAGGAAUCUAUAAUAUUAUUGUUAAAUUGUAAAAACAUUUUAUAUGUUUAAUAUAAUUAUAUUUUAAAUUAAUUCUGUAAAUGUAUUACAGAACAGAGAUUAUCGUUAGAAACUCAUGUGGGAUUUGAUGAAAUAUCAAAUAUAAUAAAUAAUACGUAUUGUUAUAAAUAAUGAUCAAUGAUAUAUUGCAAUUAAGAUUUUUAUGUAUAGUUUUAAUGUCUUCCAUAUCACACGUAUAUAUUUUAUAACAAUUUACAUUGUGCUACUGCAUAUUGUUGCAACAUACUAUUGAAUAAAUCAAAUUACUUUUUAAACAAA